ACAUGUAAAACUAUCGCUCCUCACACGAAAAUGACCAUCAAAGUGGAAAUCGUUCUGACCAGCGGAACCGACGGAUGCUUCUAUCCAGGACAGGAAGUGAGUGGAGAAGUGAUUGUGGUCCUUACCAAAACCAUUAAAGUUUCACGCCUGAAACUCGCCCUGAAUGGAAUCGGAAAAACAGAGUGGAGUGAACCGAACGGUGCUGGGAGACGUUUUCUGAACUUGGAACAAUUUUUAUUUCAAGUAAAUGAUGAAGCUUCCGGUGUAAUCUACAGUGAAAAGGAACGUUACCUGCACUGUUACCUGCACUCGGAGCUAAUUCUCUGUCAAGUGAAUGAUUUCAUGCCAGCCGGUGGUUAUACCUAUGGUUUCGCCUGCCCCCUUCCGGAAUCGAUCCCAGCAUCCUUCAACAGCAACAACGGACAUAUUCGUUACACCGUCACAGCAACCUUGGAACGACCUUGGAAACCAUCGAAAGUACAUACAAUCGACAUUGGAAUCAUUCGUAAACUCGAUCUAAACAAUGAACUACUCCUGCCAAUCAAAGCCGAACACACUAAAAACCUUGGUUGCUGGCCGUGUCUCCCGUCGGGAUCGCUAUCCCUCGCGGUACAAAUUCCGACCAAUGGUUUCGUUUCCGGUCAGGUAAUUCCCGUUCUGAUACAGGUCAGCAGUCGACGCCGUGUGAAGAUUCGCAAAGUUACAACCGUUCUCAUCCAGAAGACGACUUUCAAUGCCCGUUCGCCUAAACCUCGCCAACGGCUGGAAAGCCUGGUCGUCAGUAGGAAUGAGUCACCGGGAAUCACCCUGCCGGAUGGGGGAGUCCUAGCGGAGGACAAUCUACAAGUGCCUUGGGUACAGCCAACCAGUUGCUGCUCAAAGAUAAUCAAAAUUAGCUACGAACUGAAGGUGGCCUUGGAAAUCGAUUCGUGCUUCCUGCAGGACCGGUAUGCCGUCCUUUCGGUGCCAAUUGUGAUCGGCACGAUUGCCGAGCGUGACUCCGAACUGUCUGAUGGGGAGUCGGUGCACGUAUGGAUGCGGGAUGAAUAA